UAUGACGUAGCAGUUGAUGAGCUCAUCCUCUUCCGGUGACAAUAGUUACAUUUACAAAGUUACAUUUUAGUUAAGUUUUACAGUACUGAAACAAAACUUUGUUUUAAUAACCUAAGCAAGCUCUUAAAUUUUGUUGACGCUGUUAAUUAUGGCAGCUUUCCGUAAAUUACUCUACGUACCGCGCUUCGACACUCAGUCGCCUCAAACCGACAAGGAAUCGCUAUAUAACGGCGAAAACAACAAACAGCACAAACUGAACGAGUUUACUCAAGAGGCGACUCCCUUACUCUUCCUCGACGUUACAAGUCCCGAAAUAACACCAUGUUUUUCGAAGACGGUGAAAACAAACCAGCUUUUGAGGUUGUACGCCAAUUUGAGAUCAACUGUUAAUCUGAGGGGAUCGAAAGGCGGGAAAUUACGGCGCGCCAAACGCGUCACUUACGACGAAGGUGUAGGCGAACAGUCACAAGGGGACUCAUCUGAUACUUUUGGAUUCCCACCAAGAGAUGUUAAGGCAGAUGAAAUGUCCCGAUCCCGAACGAAACAGGAUGUAUUGAGGACAAUCAAGAGAAUGGUGGAGGAGAACAGGGUCAUCAGAGAGCGGUUACUCGCCUUGAGGCAGCAGAGCCGAAGACAAUGAGGUUUGCACAGUUAAAAGGUUUCAGGUAGUACCACAUUCAGCAAAUUUUCAAGAGGAAUGUUCAGAUGUCACAAUUCUGUUUAUUAUAUACCUCCAUUUAUGUUACUAUUAGAAUCUAAAAUCUAAAUUCUUAGGGCUUUAAAAUAUUACGCAUUUACGGACAUGAGCAUGACUUACAGAUGACCACUAGAUGGUGACAUUACCAAAAUUCAGAACCAAUAUAUGAAUAAUAGGGCUCUUACUUCCACACUCUCCAUUUAAAUUAUACUGUAUGUACUAGUUGCUGUUUUUGUUAUUAAUUUUUUUAAUUUAUAAGGAGAAUGACCUUCUAAAUGUGUUCAGUUUAUAGGACUUCUUCCAUCUUUAAAACUGUUUCUCUUCCCAUAGUUUUGUUCCAUUGUCAGCUGUAGUUGUACUAUUUAAGCUUUCUAGUGACAGAUUGUAUUUUUUUAUUGCAUGUCAGGUUGUUAGUAAUGAAAAAAGAAACACUGAAUAGACAUUGCUGAUUAUAUUUAUUUAUUUAUUUAACUGAUUUAAAAAAACAACAACAAAAGGUAUUAGAGAAAGGUUUGUUAUUGUAAGUCAAGUGACAGACAUGUUUAUUAAAUCUUUCAUCACUGA